AUGAUUCGACGCCGCGCGACGGCGACGGCGACGGCGACGGCGACGCAGACGACGACGCGCGAUGCGUGUGCUCGCGCGCGCGCUCGCGCGAACGCUCGGGACGGGACGGUGGACGAGCGCGCGUCGGUUCGGGGACGGGCGAGCGCGAGCGUCGGGGCGAGGUCGGCGGCGCUGGGCUCGGGACGGAUGACGACGACGACGCGGACGACGACGACGACGCGAACGCGCGCGCGGGCGAGCGCGGGGGUGGGGGGGAGCGCGUGCCCGGGAUGUGGGGUGGGAUUGCAAGACGUUGAUGCGAACGCGCCGGGGUUUUACGUGACGCCGAAGAAGAUGUUGGCGGCGGCGGACGCGGACGCGGACGCGGACGCGGAAGACGAGGAGGCGUUCGACGUCGACGCGGGUGGGUUCGAGUUCGAUGCGGACGAUGAUGAUUUUGACGACGAUGAUAUCGAUGAGACGCUGACGCUUCCGGGGUACGAGUUGGCGCCUUUGGUCGACGCGGAGGACGCGGAGGCGAAAUUGGACGCGUUCAACGCGCUGUUCGACGAGGACGACGAGGGAACGAAACGAAGGGCGAAGAAGAAGAAGAAGGGUCCGCCGGUCAUAGUGUGCGCGCGGUGUUUCGCGCUGCGAACGAGCGGUAGGGUGAAGAACGAGGCGGGGGAAUCGCUUUUGCCGUCUUUCGACUUCGAGCGCGUCAUCGGGGACAGGUUUAAUCGACUGAGGGAAAAGAAUAGCGCGGUCGUUUUACUCAUGGUGGACUUGAUCGAUUACGACGGUUCGUUUCCGGUCGACGCCGUAGAUGUCAUCGAACCGUACGUGCAAAAGGGUGUGCUGGAAGUCCUGCUCGUUGCGAACAAAGUGGACUUAAUGCCGGCGCAGUGCACGCGAACGCGCUUAACCUCCUUCGUUCGUCAGCGAUCGAAAGAUUUCGGCCUUUCACGAUGCUCGGGCGUGCACUUGGUGAGCGCAAAGGCAGGAAUGGGAAUGGAAAUCUUGGCGAACCAACUCGAGGAGAUGCUCGACAGAGGGAAGGAGGUGUACGUCGUCGGGGCGCAAAACGCUGGCAAGAGCUCACUCAUCAAUCGACUGAGCUCGAAAUACGGUGGACCGGGCGAAGAGGACGGUGGUCCGAUCGCGAGUCCGCUCCCAGGGACGACGCUCGGCAUGGUCAAGCUCGCGAGCUUGCUCCCCAAUGGCUCGGACGUGUACGACACUCCUGGGUUGUUGCAACCGUUCCAGCUGUCGGCUCGGCUCACGGGCGAAGAGAUGAAGAUGGUGCUCCCGAACAAGCGCUUAACGCCUCGGACGUACCGUAUCCAGGUCGGUGGAACCAUUCAUAUAGGUGCUUUGGCGCGAAUAGAUCUGUUGGAGUCUCCGCAGCGCACGCUGUACCUCACGGUGUGGGCAUCCAACAAAGUCCCGACCCACUACUCGACGUCAGCCAAGGCGGCGGACACUUUCCUGGAGAAACACGCUGGGACGAAGAUGACUCCUCCGCUUGGGCAAGAACGCAUGCAGCAGUUCGGUCAGUGGGGCUCGCGUUUGGUGAACGUCUACGGUGAAGACUGGCAGAAAUCGACGCGAGACAUCUCCAUCGCUGGGUUGUGUUGGAUCGGCGUCGGCUGCAACGGUAACGCUUCGUUCCGUGUGUGGACGCACGAGGGCGUGCAAGUGGUCACUCGCGAGGCGCUCGUGCCGGAUAUGGAUAAACAGUUGAUGUCACCCGGGUUCUCGUUCGAAAACGUCGGCGGUGGGUCGUCGGGAUCUAACAAAAAACCAAACGAGCGUGCAAACAGACAGAGAGGCAUCGGUGGUGGAGGAGGCGGGCGUGGUGGCGAACGCGGUGGUGGACGAGGUCGAAGUGGUUCGAAACGAUGA